AUGGAUUCAGUGAUCAUCUGGUCUUUGCACAUUUCAUGGCAAGUUUCCAGGGCCACUUGGCUUAUCGGCAUCACAAGCGAUAGAAGGAGUGCAGCAGACUAUGAUGAUGAUAUGCUUCAGGCCAAGUCGCUCGGCAUUGAUGCCUUUGCCUUGAACAUCGGCGUUGACCCCUAUACGGACCAGCAGUUGCAGUUUGCGUAUGCCUCGGCGGCAAAGAACUCCAUGAAGGUGUUCCUUUCAUUUGACUUCAAUUGGUGGCAUACACCACAGGUUUAUGAGAUUGGGCAAAAGAUUGCUCAAUACGGAGCCUUGCCGGGCCAAUUGAUGGUGGAUGACAAGAUAUUUGUCUCCACGUUUGCAGGAGAUGACUUGGAUGUUGCGGCCCUGCGGACAUCUGUGGGCAAGCCCAUUUUCUUUGCACCAAACUUCCACCCGUCGUACGGCACAAACAUCUCUGCUGUUGAUGGUCUCUUGAAUUGGAUGGGCUGGCCCAACAAUGGCGACAACAAGGCCCCUAAUGCGCUGGGAAAUGUAUCUGUCACAGAUGGUGACCAAGAGUAUUUGAAAGCACUCAACGGGAAGGCAUAUGUUGCACCCGCGUCUCCAUGGUUUUUCACUCACUUUGGGCCGGAAGUGCCCUACAGCAAAAACUGGGUGUUCCCUUCGGACCUACUGUGGUAUCGACGCUGGAACGAAAUCCUCAGCAUGAAGCCUCGAUUCGUCGAGAUUGUCACCUGGAACGAUUACGGCGAGUCGCACUACAUCGGCCCUCUUCGAUCGCCUCACACAGAUGAUGGCGCUUCAAAAUGGAUCAAUGACAUGCCUCAUGAAGGAUGGCUGGAGCUUUCGAAGCCAUUCAUUGCUGCGUUCAAGGAUGGCGCAUCGUCGGUCAACCGGUACAUCACGGACGACACCUUGAUCUACUGGUACAGACCGACUCCGCGGGAUGUGAACUGCGACGCGACGGAUACCUGUAUGGUGCCUGCCAAUAAUGCGAGUGGGAAUUACUUCCUCGGUCGGCCAAAUGGCUGGGAGACCAUGUCCGAUUCCGUCUUUGUGGUGACUCUGCUUACUGCUCCAGCCUCGAUUGCCGUUGACAGUGGUGGCACGUUGUAUACAUAUGAUGCACCCGCUGGAGCAUUUGCAGAGGCCAUUCCUAUGCACGUGGGUGCUCAGAGCUUUACCGUGGCCCGAAAUGAGCAAGCGAUUCUUUCAGGAACCAGCUUGAAGCCGAUCAUCGACGAAUGUGUGUGUGGACUGUACAACUUUAAUGCGUAUGUGGGCACGCUACCACCGGGGCCGAGGGAUGCUCUUCAACCUGAUGGACUGGCUGCCUUCAGUCAAGGCUUGCGGGUCACAACAUGCGAGGCAUCGCCAUCUUUAGGCACUUCACCACCUCCGACCGCUCCAGUCACAUCUACGUCUGUUUUCCCAUCCGUGACGACGACUACACCCAUCGUGACUACCACGACUAGCACAAAGACAACCUCCACCACUCCCACCGCCACAACAACUGCGCCCACUUUCACUUGCUCACCUACGGCAACAGUUACCAAAACCCAAUCAAUCACUUUCACGGCCACCCAAGUCACCACACUUGUCAUUACGCAAACAGACACGCAGACCCAGACCGUCACAGCCACGGUCACGGCUUGCACCACGGGCAGCGGAGGUAUCAACCCAGGCGAUGUCUGCAUCGCAGGAAACGGGCCUGGGAAUUACAUCGGACUUUGUGAGUUUGCAUGCAAGUAUGGGUAUUGUCCCCAGGGUCCAUGCACCUGUACUCAGUAUGGAACUCCUAUUCCGCGCCCACCAUCUACUGGAGUUCAUGGAAUUCCGCUUCCCGGGGAAGAUGACUCGUACUUGGGUCUCUGUAGUUUCACUUGUGAGCAUGGAUACUGUCCCCCGACGGCAUGUACAACAGCGUGA